AUGCCCAUUCUCGACCAAGACCUUGAUGCCGCGAGGGAAUUGUAUGAGACUAAUGUUCUUGGACCGGUAGCGGUUACUCAGGCUUUUGCUCCGCUGCUUAUCCAGGCACAAGGAAUGUUGGUCUUCAUCACUUCGAUAGCGGGUUAUCUCCAUGUUCCAUAUAUGGGCACCUACGCGGGCACAAAAAGCUCUCUUGAGCUCAUUGCUGAGACUCUGCGUUUAGAGCUAGGUCCGUUCAACGUCAAAGUUCUUUCCAUCGUCACAGGGGCGGUCAAAACGAUGGGUCAGACGUACUUUGGCGAUUUCAAGCUUCCAGACGACUCUCUUUACAAGUCUAUUGAGGACAUUAUUGCUGCUAGAGCGCGUGGUGAAGAUGGAAGACCACGAAUGGCUUUGGCGGAGUAUUCGAAUGAAGUGGUCACCCAGAUCAUCCAGGGUUAG